ACCAGACUAGUCUUUAAACCACGAAUAGACAAUUAUUUAUGAAAAUCAAAUUACCAAAGCAGUACACAACAGACGAAGAGUCAUUGGGAUUGUUAUGUUUCGACAAGACGCCGAUCAGCCCAACGAGAAUGAGAUUUGUAGUCAUUAGCAUUAUGUCCAUAACAUUUUUAAUUCAAACAUUUUCUCAGUCCAUUUGGAGCGCCAUUUACGAACCGGCACUAUUGGCUUUUCCAGACUGGACUAGCCGAUCGCUGUCCUUAUUGCCUAUAUGGGGCAAUUUGAUGACUGCAUUGUUAGUGUUACCAGUAUGUCAAAUGGUCGAUAAAUACGGAUUAAAAGAAAUCAUGUUAUAUUCAUGUUGUUUUUUUACGUUGGGCACGGCUGUUCGAUGUAUGCCAAUCAUGUACUCUUGUACGCUGUGUUUGCACUUGUCAGCUGUAUGUCUGUCUGUUGGCAGCGUGGUGACGACACCACUAAUAGUAACUAUGUCGGGACAGUGGUUUCCUAAGAAAGAGCGUAACAUGGCUAUUGGUUUAUGUUCGGCUGUGAGUAUGUUGGGAUCAGCGGCCACAUACAUUAUUGGUCCUAUGGUGGUAUCCACGGUCUCUGAUGGACCAUUAAGUCGGUUCGUCAUAAGAAUUCAGAUUAUGCAUAUGAUGUAUACAUGUCUGGGUCUAAACGCGUUUGUCACUUUUAUAGUUUAUAUGUUAUUUCCGAGACACAUUACGCCGCUAAGCGGCAAUGAAUCUAUGUGUUCGGCAAAGUCGCACAAGAACGCCUGCAAACUGAUUUGUUCACUCAAAACACUUGUUAUGAAUUUCAAAUUGUGGUGUCUUGUAUUUGUGCUCACACUGUCCAAUUCAAUGACGGUUCCGUGGUCGGCGCUAAUACCGUCGACUUUUUCCAAGCUCCGAGUGUCACCUGAAAUCACCACAAAGUGUUGUUUUUUUAUGAUUAUUCAUACUUUUGGCCUGAGAUUGUCUAUUAGCAGUUUUGCGGAUCGCGCCCCUCGUUACACCAAGGCAUUCAUUAUGAUUUGGGGUUCUGAAAAGCCAUCCAAAGCAUCUAAAGCAUCUAAAGCAUUCCAAUAUAUUACUCUUAGAAUGAUAACCGGAGCUCUAUGGUUUUUUACCAAUGAAUCAUUUCAUAAAGACCUUAAAAUACCCACCAUCAACGAACUUGCUAAAAAUCAAUAUAAACGUUUCCACGUUAAAUUAUUGAGCCACCCAAAUCCACUCAUCAGCAGUAUGUCCUCAUCUCUCCCUGGUAAUGUUCAAUGUCGACUAAAGCGUAAUUAG